UAUAAUAUUGACAUUCCCAUAAAUGAUGAAGGAAAUGCAUACUACACAACGCAAGGCUAUGAUUCAGCCAAGACGAUUGAGGAGUCCUGUGAAGUGCUCUACAAAGAGACAUAAUGGACAACUCCCUCAGCCAGAAGCAUCUGCUACAUUUAGCCUUGAUAAUAAUAGGGAUGUGGAAGAAAUUUUGUCCAGGCACGGAGGAACUUACCAACCUGACUUUGGAGCAGGCAGAGGGAUGAGCUUUGGCACUUCUCAUCGAGAUAGUGGUUGGAACAAAGUCCUUAACACUAUCACUGGCAAAAUCAAAGACCAAAGAGUGAAUGAAACUAUCCAAAAGUUAAAUACUGAGAAGAUCAAGAGUGUGGACGCCAAAGGAGCCUCGAAGGCUCAAGAUUUCCUCAAAUCAAUGAUGGAAGCCAACUCCAAAGGAAAAGAUAAUGAAUAUUUCACAAAGAUGUACCAAAAGUAUCUGAAGGAAGCUAAGAAUCGCCACCCUCAAAAGAGAGGAAUAAGAACCAAACCAAGCAGGAUGAUGUCUAAAUAAGUCUACUAACAACGCGUUGAACUUUAAAAAGAGAGGUUUUAGCACAAAAAAGUCAGGUAUUAAGCCUCUAUCAAGCUUGGCAUCAUCACAAGUCAAGAGUAUGUCUCCGAAGAAAAUAUUCUCUCCUAGUGGAGCAAACAAAUCAAGAAACAUCUCUAGUUUUGAAGAAGUCAAGAGUGCCAUCAAAGAUCUAAAGAAAAAGAAUACCUCUUGUUUGAAAGGAACUGUUCAAAGGAUUCGCCAUAAUAGAUUUCUUCCAAAAGGAUUUAACAAGACUGUUCAGGGGAAAUUUGACAAAAAUCCUUUCUCUGCUAGAAAAAUCAAAUCACCGAUGGUGAGACACAACGCGUUAAGCCCUAUCGCAGAUUAUACUAACUCUUCGAUAAAAAAGCCUUCUCAGAAUCUUCAAAAGGAAUGAAAAAGGAAGCAAAAUAACUCGAUGAUGAAAAGUCCUAAGAAGAUGAAAUUAUUGAAAGAAGAAUCUAAGCAGAGCAAGUUCAAAAAGGCCAAAAUAAAGCUCAAAAAUAUAUCUAAGAACAAAGCUGCAGAAUCACCUUCAAAGAAAAGCAUAGUGAGGAAGAUUGAGAGCAUGAAAAGGUGUAUGACCAGAGACAACGACAGAGAUAGUGUCACUUCCUCAGUUAUACCAGCAAAGAAGCUUCCAAUGAGCAAGUCAAAGUCCAAAAGGAAAAUAGAGGAUAAUUUCCCAAGAGGAAGGCAGGCUAGAAGAAGUACUAUUUUUCAGCAUAUGCCAUUCAAGCUGCUAACCCCAUCUCCUCUCCCACAAGUGGAUGAAAUAUGCUACAAAAAGGCAAAAAUUAAGAAAUUUAAGACAAAGGCGAUAUCUAAAAAUGACUCUACCCUUGCACCUAGUACCAAAAUGACAGAGGCACAGCUAAGGAGGCGGAUCACAAAAGUGUUAAAAAGGAUAAACUUCAGCUCAGGAAAAGACUGUACAAUAUCCAGGAAGACUUCUUCUAAAAAGAAUGUAAGCACCAUCAAGAAGUCUAUCACUAAUAAGAAAUUAAGAAGGAUCAAUACAAAGAUGAAGCAAGAUAUAGCAGUACAAAAGAGAAGAAGUACCCUCCCAGUGUUUAAGAUUAACAUAAUUUCAGCUGAACAGUCCUUACUAGCUCCAGAGAGUUCUAAAAAUAAAUCUGAGAAGACUAUUAACCUAAAAUUUGAGAACGAAAAACCAAGGUCUGAUGAUCAGUCUAAAUCUGGUUUUCCCAUAAAUAUCAACCUGAGUAACAAUAUCACUGAAGAGAGUUCAUCGCAAGACUCUAGUAGUACUGCCACCUUCAAUGAUACUAUCUCUGGAGAUAAGAAUGAAGACCAAGAAGUUCUUUCAGUGUCAGAAGACCUGGCUUAAGCAAUCUCUGCUGUAGAACAUUAAAUCAAUCCUAAUUUAUAUAAAAAUCUG